AUUGUGACCUCUAACCUUUGAUAUGGAGAAAGCUGACGUCCGCCAUUUUGUUUUGCGUCUUCGGUUUUAGUUUCAUCUCCGAAGAACUGUCGAGAUUUUACAGAAUUCCAGAAGCCGUGGAGACCGCUAACCACCACAGACCUACAGGUUACGGCGUCCCUCCCAGCAUCCAGAGAGAAGCUAGCCUCUGAUUCGACACCGUUGUCAUACCCAGGGUAGAAAUGGAAGAUUCCAGCAGUGAACAUUCUUUGGAAAUGCAGUGUGUUGAGCAUCCUGGGAAGGAGAUGGACCAUUCUGGACACCCUGGGAAGGAGAGUGACAGCAGGGAGACCCAGACAACAGACAUGGGCCUGCAGCAGGAAACGUGUGAUGUGAACUUUCCCCAACCUGACAACACAUCAAUCUCACAGGUACAGGAGAGCAGAGGUGAUAUGGGAAGGCAUGUGGUUAGACGUACUGAUGAGAAACCCUACAUGUGUGGGGAGUGUGGGUACAGGACAACUCGGAAGUCUCACCUAUCUGCACACAUGAGAACCCACACAGGAGAAAGACCCUACAAGUGUGACAAGUGUGACUAUUCUGCUGCUCAAAAAGGGGAUUUGAAUAAACAUGUAGCAAAACACACUGGUGAGAAACCCUACAUGUGUGGGGAGUGUGGGUACAGGACGGCUAGGAAGUUUGAUUUAGUCAAACAUAUAAGAAUCCAUACAGGAGAAAAACCCUACAAAUGCGACCAGUGUGACUACUCUGCUGCACAAAAGUCGCAAUUGCAGCAACAUGUUGCAAAACACAGUGCUGAGAAACCCUACAUGUGUGAGACGUGCGGAUACAGGUCGGCUCGAAAGUCUAGCUUAUCUCAACACAUGAAAACCCACACAGGAGAAACAUGCUACAAGUGUGACCAGUGUGACUAUUCUGCAGCAGUGAAAUCCACUUUGGUCAAACAUAUAAGAAAACACACCGGUGAGAAACCUUACAUGUGCGGGGAGUGUGGGUUCAGGACAGCUCAAAAGUGUAACUUAUCAGUACAUAUGAGAUCCCACACAGGAUUGAAACCCUACAAGUGUGACCAGUGUGAAUAUUCUGCUGCACAUAAAUCAACUUUAGACCAACACCUAGAAAAGCACACCGGUCAGAAACCCUUUAUGUGUGGGGAGUGUGGGUACAGAGCAGCUCAAUGGCAACACUUAUACCGUCAUAUGAGAACCCACACUGGAGAAAAACCCUACAAAUGUGACCAGUGUGACUAUUCUGCUGCACAGAAAUCCACUUUGGACAAACAUCUAGUAAAACACAUUGGUGAGAAACCCUACAUGUGUGGGGAGUGUGGAUACAGGAUGGCUGACAAGUGGAACUUAUCCCGACAUAUGAAGACCCAUACAAGAUAGAAACCCUACAAAUGUGACGUGUGACUAUUCUGCUGCAGACAAAUUCAGUUUGGACAAGCACCAAAGAAAACACAUCGGUGAGAAAUUCUACAUGUGUGGGGAGUGUGGGUACAGGGCAGCUGACAGGGCUACCUUAUCCCGCCACGUGAGAACCCAUACAGGAGAAAAACGCUACAAGUGUGACCAGUGUGACCAGUG